AUGACAACAUCUGUGGUGCUGCUGAUUUUCCUGGGAGCCCUCACAGGCUUAAGCCGCGGAGUUGGUGUGCUACCCGACACCCUGGUAGCAAUUUCUGGAGAAACUGUGACGUUUGCCACAACGGUAACUCCACCAGCGACGCCGUUCCUGGUUAUCACCUGGAGUGUUACAGAUAUUCACGGCACCAUCACAAGCAUAGUAACCUCCAGUAACGUGAAUGGGACGCUGCCCGAGUAUCGAGACAGGAUCACCCUCUUCAGCGAUACGGGAUCUCUGGAGCUGAGGAACGUGACGAUGAGAGACACUGGAGAUUACAGAGUCACCAUCAUACCGGCGGGUGGAUCUCAGCAGAGAGGGAACUGCAAACUGGACGUGCACGAACUGAUCUCAAACGUAGUCUUAAUUCCGAGCGACACAGAUCUGUUGGAGUUCAGCAGCCGUGUCACUAUGUCCUGCUCCACCACCACCGGUUCCGGUCUCUCUUUCCUCUGGCUGAACGGUAGCGCCGAGAUCACGGCCGGCGGCAGAGUUCAGAUCACCGACGGAGGCUCUAAGCUCACCAUAACCCGCGUAACCCGCUACGACCAGGGACCAUACAGGUGUCGCGUCUUCAACGUGAUCAGCAGUGGCACCAGCGACCCAGUCAAUCUCUAUAUUAGCUAUGGCCCUGAAAACCUCCUUGUGACAACAUCUCCAAAACUAGAAUACUACGAAGUAGGAUCCAACAUCGAGCUGUCCUGCUCCGCUGGAUCCAGACCUCCCGCAGUGUACCGAUGGUUGUUCAAAGGAGACCCGUUGCCCGCUUCUGGGCCUGAGCUCAGACUGAGGAACGUUCAAGAAAGUCAAAGUGGGAACUACCGCUGUCAAGCCUACAACAACAAAACACUGACGGCUAAAACUCAGCGCACAACAAUAACUAUUCUGGCAUCAGUUUCCAAAGUGGAGGUCAAGACUAACACUACAGAAAUGUUUGAACUCACCGGUCCUGUCAGUCUGUCCUGCUCCUCCACUGGGUCCUCGCCAUCUUUCCGCUGGAUAAACGGCACCUCGGAGGUUACAGAAAACGAGAGAGUUCAGAUCACCAAGCGAGGCUCCGUGCUCACCGUCAUCACCAUGACCCGCUACGAUCUGGGACCCUUUCGGUGUCACGUGUUCAACCUCAUCAGCAACGGCACUAGCGAUCCGGUGGUCUUCUCCGUUUACUAUGGACCAGAGAAUAUUAACUUGACAAGAUUUCCGUCUCAAGAACAUUACGAUGAAGGUUCAGACGUUGCCCUCACGUGUUUGGUGGUCUCGGGUCCUCCACCGCAGUUGCGGUGGUUCCAAAACGGAGACCUAUUGUCGCACACUGGACCGGAACUGAGGCUGAUGAACAUGCAGUUGCAUCAGAGUGGAAACUACAGCUGUCAGGCCUUCAAUAACAAAACUCUGAGGAACCAAACGUCAGAGCCUGUCAUUAUAGCAGUGAAAAGAUCAGAAAUCUCCAAUGUGGUGAUUAUACCCACCAGCACGGACGUGAUAGAGCUCACCACAUCGGUCAGUCUCUCCUGCUCCUCUGCUGGAUCGUUCCCCACAUUUGUUUGGCAUAACGGCAGCUCCCAGUUGGCAGCCGGCGACCGAGUCGAGAUCGACACCAAAGGCGCUGUCGUCACCAUCCUUAACGUGACGCGCUACGACGAGGGGCCCUUCACGUGUCAUGUCUUCAAUAACUUCAGCAAUGCAUCCAGCACCCCACUGAAACUCUCCAUCAGCUAUGGACCAGAAAGCAUUGAUUUACAGCUAUUUCCAUCACGGGAGUACUUUGAGAGAGGAUCCAACAUCAGUUUGUCUUGCUCAGCUGCAUCCAGACCCCCUGCCCUGUUUCAAUGGUCCCUCAAUGGAGACACGCUAUCCUAUACUGGACCGGAGCUCAAACUGGUGAACGUUCAGGAGAAUCAAAGUGGAAACUACAGCUGCCGGGCUUUUAACGGCAAAACCGGGAAAUCUCAAACAACAAAGCCAUCAGCCAUGUUUAUACAGACACCAGUUUCCAACGUGACUCUUACCUCAAACGUCACUGUCAUGUUUGAGUUCAGCUCCACCACUAUGUCCUGCUACGCUGCCGGAUCCGACCUCUCCUUGGUGUGGUUGAACGGCAGCUCGGAGGUCACAGCCAAUCACAGAGUUCACCUCACUGACGGCGGCGCCACGCUCACGGUAGUCAACGUGACCCGCUACGACCAGGGACCGUUCUGGUGCAACGUGUCCAACGGUGUCAGUAAUGGAUUCAGUCAGCCGUUGCAUCUUUUCAUUCAGUAUGGACCGGACAGCCUGUCCAUUGAAGGCCCGGACUCAGUUUACGCUGGACGACACGCGAUGCUUCUCUGUUCCGCCUCGUCGCUACCGACGGCGAGCUUCAUCUGGCUUUUUAACGGAAAUCCCACCGGUGUGCAAACAGCCGCGUACGUCAUCUCUUCAAGUCAGAGCUUGGAUGCUGGGAAGUACGUUUGCACGGCCCAAAAUGCUGUCACUGGACAGAGUGUGACAGGAAGCCACGACUUAGCUGUUUUGGCAAUCCCUAACUGCGAUUACUCGAAGGCCAUCGGAAUCGCUGCCGGCAUCACAGCCGGCUGUUUUAUUCUCAUCGCCAUAGUGAUUGGAUUGAUUGUGUGGGGUCUCAGAAGAAGGAAAAGACACAGCAGCGGAUAUCCAACACUCAAAAGAGAGCGAAAGAGUGUGAGGGUGAAGCACUCGGAAAUGUACAAGAUCUCAAGUAGAACUCAGAGUGACCAUUAGCCUGCUUCGUUCCCAGAAGAGGAAUGAUGAAGCACAACUAAGAAGUCCUCCACAUC